AUGCUUGGAUUUACUUUGGGCAAUGUGGUUGGAAUGUAUCUGGCUCAGAAUGAUGAUAAAUCAAACUUGGUUAAAAAAAUUGAAGAGAUCAGAAAGGACUUGGAAACCAAGAAGAAAUUCCCUAGUUCCUGAGGCCCCUUCCAGCACUGCAUUCUGGAUACAAUGAUUCUGCCCAGCUGCCUAUGCAGAGCUCCUUUAACUCCUGACCCAAAGCUUCUGUUCUUAUCUCGUCUCAGCCAUUUCUUCCUUGCUGGACCCUAAGUAUUGCCUGAGAGCAGAAAAUGGGGCCACCAGUUCACAACUCCUUUCUGCUCCCAACAGCCUGGCUUCUCCCUAUCUUCCUUCUAUCUACUUGGUAGGUUCUAAGGCUGGAAUUAUGGUGCUAGAUUAGCAAA